AUGACAGACGUGGUUUCUCACCAUAGAGCCCCAAGCUCCACCAGCCGCCACCGGCGGACCUCCUCGUCCCACUCGCAAAAGAAGCCAUGGGAAUCUCGGGGUCCUUUAUACCGCUCAUCUACCUCACGCAGCAGACCAGAGCCCGAAGAGGUUACUCCCAUAUCUAAACAUCACACGCGCUCAUCGACACGCUCCAAACGCCGUCAGCCGAGAUGGUGGAAGGUCCAACUCUUCAAAGGCAUGCUCGACGAUGUCAAAAGACGAGCUCCCUACUACUGGAGCGAUUGGAGAGAUGCCUGGGAUUACCGUGUCGUCCCCGCGACUGUAUACAUGUAUUUUGCUAAUAUUCUGCCCGCCCUGGCCUUUUCGCUAGACAUGUUCGUCAAGACCGACAACUCAUACGGAGUCAACGAAGUCCUUCUGGCCAGCGUCUUGGGAUGUGUCGUAUUCUCCCUCCUCGCCGCUCAGCCUCUAGUCAUAGUCGGCGUUACCGGCCCAAUCACCGUCUUCAGCUACACCGUGUAUGAUAUCGUGGUUCCCUUGAGCUACAACUACUUCGGAUUCAUGGCCUGGAUUGGGAUCUGGUCGCUCAUUCUGCACUGGAUCCUCGCCAUCACCAAUUCUUGCAACGCCCUCACCUACGUGACACGCUUCUCGUGCGACACCUUUGGCUUCUAUGUCGCUUUCGUCUAUCUCCAGAAAGGUAUACAGGUCCUCACACGACAGUGGGGCGAGGCAGAUGCCACCUCAGCCUACCUCUCAAUCACCAUCUCUCUCCUCGUUCUAGGAGUAGCCUUUCUCUGCGGAGUCAUCGGCGAAUCCAAACUCUUCCACCGACACGUCCGCAAGUUCAUAGAGGACUACGGCACCCCUCUCACCAUCGUCUUUUUCACAGGUUUCGUCCACAUCGGACACAUGGCUUCAGUCGAACUGCCCAAACUGCCCACAUCCCGCGCCUUCUUCCCCACGGCUGACCGCAGCUGGGCCGUCAGCUUCUGGGACGUCUCCGCCGCCGAAGUCUUCAUCGCCUUGCCUUUCGGCAUUCUCCUCACCAUUCUAUUCUGGUUCGACCACAACGUCUCCUCACUAAUCGCCCAGGGCUCCGAAUUUCCGCUCCGCAAACCCCCCGGCUUCCAUUGGGACAUCUUCCUCCUGGGCCUCACCACUGGCAUCGCCGGCAUCCUUGGCAUCCCGCUACCCAACGGCCUAAUCCCUCAAGCCCCCUUCCACACCCAAUCCCUCUGCGUCACCAAAUCCGUCCCCAUCAAAGACAGCCCUCCCGACCCCAACAAACCCGCGCGCUACACCCGCGUCACCACGCACGUUGUAGAGCAACGCCUCUCCAACCUAGCCCAAGGCCUCCUCUUCCUCGUCACCAUGAGCGGGCCCCUCCUCUCGGUCCUACACCUCAUCCCGCAAGGCGUCCUCGCGGGCCUCUUCUUCGUCAUGGGCGUCCAAGCCCUGAUCGGCAACGGCAUCACGCUCAAGCUCGUCUUCCUCCUCUCGGACCGCGACCUCAUCGACCCUUCCUCGGAACCACUGGCGCGCCUCCCCCGCCGCACCGCCAUCUGGGCCUUCGUCGCGCUCGAACUCGCCAUCUUCGGCGCCACCUUCGCCAUCACCCAGACCGUCGCCGCCAUCGGCUUCCCCGUCAUCAUCAUCAUCUCCAUCCCCUUCCGCACCUUUCUCAUGCCCCGCUGGUUCCGCGACCACGAGCUGCGUAUCCUUGACGCCCCCACAGCCGGUGAUUUCGUCAUGGAGAGCGUCGGGGGCGCGUACGGCGCCGCCGCCGCCGCCGAAAACGACGACCACGAGAGCCGCAGCCGCAGUCCCACGCCUCCAUCAAACGGCCGCACCACCGCUGACGACGGGGAGGACACCAGGGACGAGAGCUGCGCCGUCCUCGACGACGUUCUCGAGCGCGGCGAGAGCUACGAGCUCAGCGAGGGCGGACAUCUGCCGAGCGGGCGCGCCAAUACCAAUGCCAAGACCGGUAGGAGGGCAACCGGCAGCCAGGCCGAGAGGGAUAUGGAAAGGCCCGAGAUAGCGAGCAUGCGGCGGCGCAGCAGUCGCGGGCGGGGGAAGGGGUCGCGGCUGGACUAG